CCUAGACGGAAGCGCCACGACUCCCCGGACCCGUCCCCUCCCAGGCAAGAGAGGAACAACUCCUGCAGCCUCCUGCCUCCCAGGCAGCAGCGCCACGAUUCCCCGGACCUGUCACCACCGAGGAGGAAGCGCCACGAUUCCCCCGACCUGUCACCACCGAGGAGGAAGCGCCACGAUUCCCCGGACCUGUCACCACCGAGGAGGAAGCGCCACGAUUCCCCCGACCUGUCCCCACCGAAGCGCCACGACUCCCCCGCCCUGCCACCGCCGAGGAGGAAGCGCCACGAUUCCCCCGACCUGUCACCACCGAGGAGGAAGCGCCACGAUUCCCCCGACCUGUCACCACCGAGGAGGAAGCGCCACGAUUCCCCCGACCUGUCACCACCGAGGAGGAAGCGCCACGAUUCCCCCGACCUGUCACCACCGAGGAGGAAGCGCCACGAUUCCCCGGACGUGUCUCCCAAGAGGGCCAGUGCAGCAGCAGGGAAGAGGGGCUGCAAAGCCCCAGAGAAGGCACAGUCAGGACGGGCCCCGGGGGAGCAGCCUCAGCCCCGACACGGUGUCUCUGACAAGUCCUGGCCACGCCAGAAGCGUCAGGACACCCCAGACCUGUCCCCUCCGCGGAAGAGCAGGUACAGCUCUGACUCGGACUCCUCACCGCCCCGGAGGAGGAAGACAGGGUCGCCCAGCCUGAAAAAGCAGAGCAGAACGAAAGGUGCUUCCCCAGCUAUGACACAGCCCAAGCAGGUUCCCUCACCUCAGAGGGGCCCAAGGCACGACUCCAGCUCCCCAUCCCCACAGAGGGGCACCCGGAGCGCCCCCGAUGCAGAGCGCAGGCUGGGCCGUGUACACAGCGGCUCCCCGAAGCGUGGUCCUCUCAAACACAAUCACAGCCAGUCCUCAGACUCGGAUUUGUCCCCUCCCCAACGGGCUCUGCCAGCCAGGAAGGAGCAGCACCGCUCCGGGAGCCCCCCCGACCUCUCUCCACCUCGCCACCGUGAUGCCAAGGGAUCUCCCAAGAAGGCAAACACGAUGCUUUCGGGGGUCAAAGCUGGCCUGGUGUCAGCUGAUGUGCUGCGGAGGGAACAGCAGGAGCUCAGGAGGCACGAGAGAAGUAACAAGCACUUGGAAGAGGAAUCCCGACACUCCGAGACCGUGUUCCGAGACAAGUCGGGCCGCAGGAGGGACCUGGCGCAGGAGCGGCUGGAGCAGCAGCAGAAAGCUGAAGCCAAGUCCGAGAGGGAUGAGCAGUAUGCCAGAUGGGGAAAGGGGCUGGCGCAGGGGAGGCAGCAGCAGCAGAACGUAGAAGAUGCCAUAAAGGAGAUGCAGAAGCCGUUGGCCCGUUACAUUGAUGACCAGGAUCUGGAUCGAAUGCUGAGGGAGCAGGAGAGGGAGGGAGACCCCAUGGCUGACUUCAUCAAAAAAAGGAAGGCCAAAGAGAACAAAGAAAAGAAAGAAAAGCCUCGGUACAACGGACCAGCACCUCCACUCAACAGGUUUAACAUAUGGCCAGGGCACCGCUGGGACGGCGUGGACAGGUCCAACGGCUUCGAGCAGCAGCGCUUUGCCAGGAUAGCCAACAAGAAGGCGGUUCAGGAGCUCGCCUACAAGUGGAGCGUUGAGGACAUGUAG